GAGAUCAUAGCAAAGUCGGUUAACUCACCAGCGAUCAUAUAUCCGCGGAAGUUAGGGUUAGGGUUCCGAUCAUCUCCACAACAAUACAAUUCAAAGCAACAAAAACUACUUCAAUCCCCAAAUUUGCAAAAAGAAACCUCCCAAAAAUGCAUCCUAAAUCGCACCAAUUCUUCGUCCAAUUGCCGGAGCUCCAAAUCCCCUCCCAAUCCGUAACGGUGUCCUCCGCCGCCACCCAUAACGAAAUCCACUCUCUUUCCCAUCUCAAACGCUCUCUUCUCCCCAAAUCACAAUACUCAUCCUUCUUCUACUUCACCCUCAAUGGCAAAACUCUCCCCGACGAAACCCUUCUCUCCAGCUCCCAAAUCCCCCCAUUCUCCAACCUCCUCCUCCGAUCUCGCCUCCUCGGCGGCGGAGGGGAUGGCGGAGCCACUGGCGCAGAGUCCCGCGAUUGCUACCUGAACAUGUACGCCGUCAAGAAGCCCGACAAGGUUGACCCGAACGAGCAGAGGCUGUCCAAGUGGCUCAAUUGCGCUCUCUCGAACGAGCCUCUGACAGAGCCCUGCGUCAUCGACAAGCUUGGAAACAUCUUCAACAAGGAAUCACUGGUCGAGGCCUUGAUCGGGAAGAAGCUCCCCAAAGAAUUCGGCCACAUAAAGGGCUUGAAGGACAUGAUCAAGGUUCAUCUCUCUGUGAUUCCUGGUGUUGGUAAUAUGGGUAGUGGUGCUAGGUUUCAGUGCCCGGUUGCUGGGCUUGAAUUCAAUGGAAAGUAUAAAUUUUUCGCCUUGAGGAAUUGUGGGCAUGUUCUGAGUGCCAAGGCGUUGAAGGAGGUCAAGUCGUCGACCUGUUUGGUUUGUCAUUCAGGGUUUCAGGAAGGGGAUAAGAUUCCUAUCAACGGGAGCGAAGAGGAGGUGGCGGUUCUGAGGGAGAAGAUGGAGGAGGAGAAGGCAAAGACAACGAAGGAGAAGAAGAGCAAGAAGGUAAAAAAUGGUGGUGGUGUUAAUGGGGAUGAUUUAGAAGGAUCGAGGUUGAGUGGUACCAAGCAUGGCAUUGAUGUUAAGGCUGUCGAAAAGGCUUCUGCUAAAGUUGAAGCUAAUAAUAAUGGUAAGGUUAGUUUGAAGGGAGUGAACGAUGCUUCUGCCGCUGCUGCAAAGCGUUUCAAGGCUUCUGAUUUGGCACCCGCCAAUGCCACAAAGGAGGUGUAUGCCUCCAUUUUCACUUCGUCCAAGAAGUCUGAUUUCAAAGAAACUUAUACUUGUAGAUCUCUCCCCCUUGGUAGAAACUAGAAACUGAUUAUCUGGUAUUAGUGGUGUACAAUUAUCUCCACUGUUCUGAUUUUGGUGUUCUUAAUUCUGCUUUGAGGUUACAGAAAAUGUUGGCUUUUGAUAUCUCACAUCAUGUGAACAGAGGCAGCAGAUAUUCAUUGAUCAUUGAAGUUACUUUUUUUUUCUAAGUCUGACUGUAAAAAAUAAUGUUUAUGGAAUGGAAAUGUUCUGUUGUGCAUUAUUAGUUA